ACAUUUUUUAAUGUUUAUAGGUUUGUUGUGGAAUUCAGCAAUCUGCAAUCCGUACUUUUCCGUAUUUUAUUUGACUGUAGAGUGUAGAGCAAAUGAAGUAAAAUAAGACCUGAAAGCCCAAAACAAAACCGGAAUUCAAUAAACCCAAGUUGCAGAAUUUGUUGCAGUGAGCUCUGCAACGGGAAGACGGGAGAGUGAGAGAAACCGAGCAUGUGGCGAAGGAUCUUCAGCACCAGCACCAGCACCAGCACCAGCGCCCCCGCGGCGUUUACAUCCAAGGGGAAGAAAUGGGACGCCCUGAUCAUCGGCGGAGGUCACAAUGGCUUGACUGCGGCUGCAUACCUUGCUCGCUCUGGCCUGUCUGUGGCCGUUCUCGAGCGGCGCCACCUCAUUGGGGGUGCAGCCGUCACUGAGGAGCUUGUCCCUGGCUUCAAGUUCUCCCGAUGUAGUUAUCUCCAGAGCCUACUUCGCCCCUCCGUUAUAAGGGAACUUGAGUUGGGAAGGCAUGGCUUGAAAUUGCUGAAGAGGAAUCCUUCGUCGUUCACACCAUGUCUCGAUGGACGUUACCUUCUUUUGGGACCUGACGCAGAACUUAAUCAUUCCGAGAUUUCUAAGUUCUCCAAACAGGAUGCCGAAGCAUACCCGAGAUAUGAGAAUCAGCUACAAAGGUUCUGUAGUUUCAUGGAUUAUCUUUUGGAUUCACCAACACCUGAAGUUUCACACAAGGUUCUGUCCUUCACUGAUCGGAUGAGGGACAAAUUACAAAAAUCAAUAUUUUGGGCUCAUUGUUUCCGACGGGCUAUCUUCCUCUGGCAAAAAGACAUGGUGGAUUUCAUGGAUCUUCUCUUAUCCCCAGCAUCUAAGGUUUUGAAUAACUGGUUUGAGACAGAUGUAUUGAAGGCAACACUUGCAACAGAUGCUGUAAUUGGGACUAUGGGAACUGUUCAUACACCAGGAAGCGGAUAUGUUCUGCUACAUCAUGUGAUGGGAGAAACUGAUGGUGAUCGUGGUAUUUGGUCGUAUGUUGAAGGUGGGAUGGGUGCAGUUUCAUCAGCUAUAAGUAAUGCUGCUAGAGAGGCUGGGGCUCAUAUUGUAACAAAUGCUGAGGUUGCUCAACUGAUGAUCAAUGACGAUUCUGGGGCAGUAAAAGGGGUAGUGCUGGCUGAUGGAACAGAGGUGCAUUCUUCUGUUGUUUUGUCAAAUGCAACCCCUUACCGAACUUUCAUGGAACUAGUGCCUCAAAGUGUUCUUCCUGAAGAGUUUCGCUGUGCCAUCAGCAACUUGGAUUACAGCUCUGGGACAACAAAAAUAAACAUAGCAGUUGAUAGACUGCCACAGUUUCAGUGUUGCAAUCCUUCUAUUCAGGAGGCAGGCCCUCAACAUGUUGGUACCAUUCACAUCGGUUCUGAAAGCAUGGAGGAGAUCGAUCUGUCUUACCGAGAUGCAUUGAGUGGCUUUCCAUCACAAAGACCUCUUAUUGAGAUGACAAUUCCUUCUGUACUGGACAAGACUAUUUCUCCGCCUGGUAAGCAUGUGAUUAACUUAUUUGUUCAAUAUACACCCUAUAGACCAUCAGUGGGUAGCUGGGAAGAUCUGGCAUUUAGGGAAUCAUUUGCUCAAAGAUGUUUCUCCUUGAUUGAUGAAUAUGCACCUGGUUUUAGUUCAUCAGUUAUCGACUACGACAUGUUGACACCAGUAGAUCUUGAGAGAGAAUUUGGCCUUACAGAAGUUGCCCAAGUGCCUUUCCAGUGGGUAGAUCCUCAUUUAUCAUCAUCUCAGGCCUCUCAGCUUUGGUGGGCUUCUGGGCACUAAGAUGGGAGUGCUAUGCAGAUGGUUAAUCGUGGAGGUCAACUAUUGAAUGGGUGUUCUGGAUUUUCCAUGUAAAUGAUGUGUGGUAGAAUGUUAGUAACUAUUCAAAGUUACGAUCAGAAAUUGUGAAAGAAAAUUGUAAAUUUUUCCAAGACUACGGAAAACUAAAUUCAUAUCUUGUAAAUUUAUCUUUAUGACUUUUAACUUUCAGGAGAGUAAGUUUUGCUGCCCUAACCUGAGAAAUAAUGAUAAAUUCUUAAAAUACAGGUCUGUUUUUAGGGAGGCAUACUUUGAAGUUGCGUAUUAAUCAGUUUCAAUUCUAAUGCAUUCUGCGGAUGGAUAUUAUAUUAUUAAACCAUGCAUUUCACUGUAGACCUCCAUGUUCAAGGCUAAUGCAAUCACCUUCUGAAAGAAAUGGGAACUGUCGUUUUAGCUUUGUUAAUUUUUAGUGUAUAUGAAUCAUACAAGAGAUGCGCUAUUCACACCAUUUCACCAUGUUGUCCAU